AUGGAAACUCAGAUAGGCGCAAAGACCUGCGAUUCGCGCACGCCCAUCCCUUCAAGACCGUCCAUGAUUGCUGCAGAACCCAGAGAACAUACCCCGGAGGGCGCAGGAUUGAUGCCAAGAAGUCCCACGGUUGUAAAAGAUGCACAUGUCAUUCAAAAUUCUGCUGAUUUGCUCAAUAUCAAAGUGGCUGUUGAUAGUACGGACACAAACAAAGAAGACAUGCCAUCCGCAGAGAGAAGUUGUGAUAUUAGGAAUUGCACUAACAAGCGGGAUGUCAGUGAGAGUCCAAGCACGAGAAACGAGGCGGAGCCUAAGAAGCUACGAUCCCAAGGGCACAUUAAUACCGAUCCAAAACUGGGAGUUUGUCCGGAGGGGUCUUAUACCGCCGAUACGCAACUUGUCAUGGGUUUCGUGCAAUCAAACAGGGUGCAGAAAAUGUCACCUACCAGAGGCCAGAGCGACAGUACACAUACCCUGUCUCCUACGCAGGUAUACAGUCUUGCGCCCAUCAAAGACCACGGUUCAGACUUCACCGGGCAGAGGAUAGGAAUUAGCGUACCUGAUUCUCUUAUUGGUUUGCAUCAACAUAGUGCUAGGGACCCCGCUUGCCAUGCGGAUACAAAUAUAAUCGGUCCGUCAGCACUUCCUUCAUCCUUGCCGGGUACUCAACAAGCUUCUUGUCAGUCCCAGACCGCACAAGAGCAACCUGAAUCGACCCAAAUACAGGGGAACAGUUUACCUCUGGGCGAAAGUCAGUCAGUGCUCUCAUUUACGGACAGCAUGUUUAUCGAAGCUGAGAAUAAUUUCGGGACGCUAAUGGCUCAGGUUGUGGCUAAAAACGACAGCUAUAUCAUUGUUGAAUCCAAGGAGCCUCAGGCCGACAUAGCUCCCUGGGUAUUUACAUCUGCGGCAAGGCCAGCACUUUCGGGCAGCAUUCUUGGCGAAGCGGAGAACAACGAUAUGAAAGUCACUGAACAGGCUGCCGGCUCAGCAUCUGUCGAAACCAAGGACCCACGAGUCAGUGUCGAGGCUAGUACGCUGACAUCACCUGCUGCGAGGCCAGAAUUCACGGAUAGUAUGUUUAUCGAGGCGGAGAAGAAUUUUAUGGAGAUAAUGGCACAGGCGGCGCCAAAAAGGGUUGUUGAAUCCAAGGACCCCCAUGCCAAAAUAAACACAAUAACGUUGACCAAAUCUGAUGGCGUCUCUGAGCACGAAGUCGCGGCACUAGCCGAAGAGUGUAUUCGUGACGAGGUCAUUCAGGAUGCCCAGACUGCUCCAACUACCAUGCCAGGUUUCAUCAUGGGAGGUAAAGUCGUGGUUGUGUCACAACAGAAAUUGGAGGAAUCCCGAGCAAAGUUCGGUCCCAUACUGAGCGGACUGGAAGCCCUUACCGCCAGCGACGAUGUUUGCCAAUUGCAAAGCUUGCGCUCGACUGGAAAUUCUACUCUCAGAAAAAACUCAUAUCAGCCAGUAGGCAAAGAUACACCGAGUAUGAAAGGGUUUGGAGGCAUCGCACCAUUUAAACUGCCCAAAUUCAAAAAUGGUGGGCCCAAUGGACCUAAGUCCGGAUUUCCUAUCAAUUCAGAAGUAGCGAACUUCACGGGCAUAUCAACUAGUAGUAUGAGUACACUACAAAAACCAAAUAUAAGCAGAAAGCCCAUGCUCAGGAGCAGACCUUUGAAUAAUGGCACAAAUAUCGUCUGCACUGAUGAGUCUACCCAGCAAGUAACAAGCUGGUCAGCUGGAUUGGGAAAGGCAGACGCUACAGGAAUUGGUCUUCCCGUCAGUGGGGUUCUGGCAAUGCAGUUGGAAACCAUCGAGAGCGCCCCUGGUAAUCGAGAGAACCGCAGAGUGUGUGAAGACUGUUCCAUACUUCAAACCUCGAGCACUGGUGAUAAUGCAGAUGAAAUAGCACGGAAUGGCAAUUUUGUGAUGGGUGGCAGAAACGUCGUCGUGGAUGAUAAAGUGAUAUUAGUGGCAAAAGGGGCACUAGGACUACAAGCAGAUAAGAAAGCAUUUGAAACCGUCAAUAAUGAAGAGGAAGCAAUCAGACGCACAGCAUUGGCUACAGGAUGCGAAACCGCUAAAUUAAUCCCACCAGCCUCAGCGACAGCGCUACAGUCUAGCUCACGGAUAAAUGCUGCCUCCUUCGCACCGAUACUGAGAACAGCGCAAGCUAAUCAGUCAAGCGGCAAUGAAAUCGGCGGACACUCUGCUAUACCAGGCAUACCCUCGGCGGUGGUGGUGGCUGUCACACCACGCCACAGUCGGAUCCAAACAUCAACAGCAUUCAAGCCACCCAUGCCCCGGCUAUCACUACCGAAGAAUGAUGUGAAUGGCACAGUGAUGCAGAGCGGAGUGCCUCGUAAAAGGCGCUCAACUCGCUCCUCCUAUCAGAGAAGGUCGAUCCAAAGAGUCCAUAUACGGGGAAGCAAGUAGAGGGAGGAGAUGCUGUAUCGUAGGGCUGUCAAGGAGGACAGCCACUCCUUCGUCCAGGUAGAAUUUCUCCUGCCACAACUUCGACUGGCAGAAAGCUCACUAUGGUCAUGGGAGCAAAUAUCGCGUAAUAUUGCAAGUGUAGGAGCUCAUACGAGGCGCUCACUGCGCUCCGCAUGGAGCUGGAGUUCAGUCCCUAGGAGUACCGGAAGGGGCAAGCGCGACCAGCGGCUCAAGCUAACCAACCUAGGCUAUUACACCGAUGGCACUAGCAUCGAGACGGACAAUACAUGGUAAUUCAACUGCAGCAGAGAGAGGAGAUACUGGAUCAUAGAGCAGAGAAACACCUUCCGCAGCUCCCGUCAGCAGGAAGCGCACGAUCUCGAUGAGAG